AUGGAUCCGGAGAAGAUUAGUUCCUACUCGGGGACGGUAGACUCAAACCAGGACUCUGUUGUGGCUGUCAGUCUCUGCUAUGGGAUUCAGGGAUCGUUUAUAACGGAAGGAGAUGAGUAUCUGAUUGAGCCCAAGGCUUUCAGCAUCGGGGAACGGGAGACAUCCACCUCCAAGGUACAUGUAAUCAGAAGAAGGGUUUUUGCUGACACGAAAAGCGACCUCAAAAUCGUAUUUGAUCAAGUGGGAGAUGAGAGCCAAGGAAAACUCGUUUUACCCGAGGCGGACGUAUAUUCGCCAAGGAUGCCGAGAAAAAGACGCUUUGUAUCCGCACCAAGAUAUGUUGAAACUUUAGUGGUUGCAGAUGCCUCAAUGGCACAUUUCUACGGAGACGAGAUAAAGCACUACGUCCUGACGCUGAUGUCCAUGACGGCGCAGAUAUACCGGCACCCCAGCAUCAAGAACUCCAUCAACAUGGUGGUGGUGAAGAUGCUGGUGGUGGAGGACGAGGACGUGGGACCGUCCGUCUCCAGCAACGGGGGGGUGACUCUACGGAACUUCUGCUCCUGGCAGCAGAUAUUCAAUCCCCCCAGCCACAGGCACCCGGAGCACUAUGACACCGCCGUCUUCUUCACCAGAGAGGAUAUCUGCGGACACAAGAGCUGUGACACAUUAGGGGUGGCGGAUGUGGGGACCAUGUGUGACCCCAAAAGGAGCUGCUCCGUCAUUGAAGACAAUGGCCUGCAGGCUGCCUUCACAGCAGCCCACGAGUUAGGCCACGUGCUCAGCAUGCCUCAUGAUGACUCUAAGAACUGCGAGCAGCUGUUCGGGGAUCUGGGGCAGCAUCACAUGAUGGCCCCCUUGUUUAUUCACCUCAAUAAGACCCAGCCCUGGUCCCCCUGCAGCGCCCUCUACGUCACGCAGUUCUUUGACAACGGACACGGGGACUGCCUGCUGGACAAACCGGACAAGACCAUGCCCCUUCCCACCGAGCUGCCGGGCCUGACCUACGACCUGGACCGGCAGUGCCAGCAGGUCUUCGGCGAGGAGUUCACGCACUGCCCCAACACCUCCGACUCCGACGCCUGCGGCCAGCUGUGGUGCCAGGAGGACGGGGAGGCGCAUUGCACCACCAAAAAUGGCAGCCUGCCGUGGGCGGACGGCACGGCCUGCGGCGACAACCGCACCUGCCUGAGCGGCGUGUGCCUGCCUGCCGGCGAAGUCCUGCAGCCGAAGGUGGUGGUUGACGGGAGCUGGGGACCAUGGGGGCAGUGGGGGCCGUGCUCACGGACGUGUGGAGGCGGGGUGGAGUUCUCUCACAGAGAGUGCAGUGACCCUGAGCCUCAGCAUGGGGGAAAGUACUGCGAAGGACAGAGAGUCAAAUACAUGUCCUGCAAUACUCAGCCCUGUCCAGACAACAAUGGCAAGAGCUUCAGAGAGGAGCAGUGCGAGAAGUACAACAGCUUCAAUUACCUGGACUUCCACGGGUACAUGAAGCAGUGGAUCCCCAAAUACGCGGGCGUGUCCCCGCGGGACAGGUGCAAACUCUUCUGCCGUGCGAAAGGAAGCAGCGAGUUCAAAGUGUUUGAGGCCAAGGUCAUUGACGGCACCACAUGCAGUCCGGACACCACCUCCAUCUGUGUGCAGGGCCAAUGUGUCAAAGCCGGCUGUGACCUGGAGAUCGGAUCCAGCAAGAAGCUGGACAAGUGUGGCGUGUGCGGAGGCAAUGGAUUUAGCUGCAGGAAAAUUACAGGCUCCAUGAACAAAGCCACUUUUGGUUACAGUGACAUUGUGACCAUUCCCGCGGGGGCCACCAACAUCGACGUCAAGCAGCGCAGCCACCGCGGGAUCACGCACGACGGGAACUACCUGGCCGUGAGGCGCGAGGGCGGCGCCUACAUCCUCAACGGGAACUUCUCCGUGUCCACCGUGGAGCAGGACAUCCCGGUGAAGGGCGCGGUGCUGAAGUACAGCGGCUCCUCCACCACGCUGGAGCGGAUCCAGAGCUUCCGCCAGCUGCAGGAGCCCAUCACCAUCCAGCUGCUGGCCACGGCCGGCGAGGCGUCUCCGCCCAAGGUCAAGUACACCUUCUUCAUCCCCAAAGACGUGUCCUUCAGCAAGGCCAAAGAGAGGAAGAGCUCCCUGCACGCCCUCCAGCCCUUCGGCGUCCCCCAGUGGACUCUCGGGGAGUGGUCCGAGUGCUCCAAAACCUGUGGCUCGGGGUGGUCCCGGCGGCACGUGGAGUGCAGGGGGGAGAGCGGCCUCCUCUCCAGCCUCUGCGACAGGGACCUGAAACCCUCGGACAUUCGGCCGUGCGCUGACCUCCCCUGCCCCCUCUGGCAGAUGGGCCCCUGGUCCUCCGGGCCCGGAGAGCGCCAUCGCAGCGUGGUCUGCAUGGACUACAUGGGAAAGGUGGUGGAGCCCGACAAGUGCGACCCAGCCAAAAAACCUAGACCUGUCUCCGGAGGGUGCCUUUCCCAAGAGUGCUGAGGCCCUAGCAGCUGUGCAGAGCUGGUGUGGAGAGAGAGAGAGAGUGAGAGAGAGAGAGAGAAAGAGAGAGAGAAUAUGGAGGAGUAGAGUAGUGAACUACUAACCGGCCACCCCUGACCGUGCUUCGGAGAAAAGCAGGCAAUCUAGGUUACAGAUGAGAGAAAAGUGCACUAACUGACCCCAAUUGUUGUCACACAGCAUUAGCCUGUUUGAAAGAUUAACUUAAUUUUGUCAUUGAGUUUUAUUGUUGUUGUUUUUUUAAUAACCACUAUUGAAGUUUUUACCCAAUAGAGAUCUACCUCAGAGGAUGUGAAAUUGUGAUCUUGUAGAUGUUAGGUGAAGAUACUGUAUGCGUAUUUUUUUAUUCACCAAGGGAAGCUACCUUUGCAUGAUACCUGCUGACAGACAUCAUUGGAGUGAAAAUACCUCCACUCUCCCCCUGCAGAGUUUCUUGUUCUACAGCUCAGGCCAACAACUGAACAGAAACAUGGAUUCAGAGUACAACUCCCCUCCUGCUUGACCUUUAUCACCAUUUACAAUUUUACUGUGGCAAAGCAGCCAAGGAUAUUUCCUUUAGUGUUUUCUUGAAUCAUUAUUGUUUGAAAGGAAACGUGCAUGAGCAAAAUGAAUUUCAUACAAAAGUACGGCCUCUGAGUAAUUUAUACAUUCUAAACUUUAAACUGUUUAAAUCCUUUCUGUCUGUUGCAAUGCUGCAUAGAUCCAAUCUCAGUGUAUACAGUACACCUUGUACAUUAACAACCUAAAAGCAUGAAUAUAAUCAUUGAAGCUGUUUCAUAACAGAAUACAGCAUGUAUAAAAUCAUAUGUUUCCAAUCUAUGCAUCCCUUUUUUUAAAGAAAUUAUAUCAUUAAAAAUUUCUCCUUUCAGCACUGACUUAACAUUUAGGUCAGAUCAUCAGAGAACGUAAGGAACAGUUCCAGAAUGGGAUCAUGAAAUUUAUUUUGCAGUGUACUGACAUUCAUUUAUAUAGCCAUACUUUCAAGGCUAUUACAAGAACAUGUUUCAAUCUUUCUAAAAACUAAGCCUUUUAAAUCCAUUGUGAAAUUAUGCUAUUUCAGUCAUAAAGCCACAUGAGUACUAUCAGAAAAACCUUUUAUUUUAUUUUACCUUAAUUUUCCUAAGGAUUGGCCCAGUCUAUUUCUACAUUUUGCUAUAUUUUUACUAUAGUAAUAUGCAUCUAAAAUAAAAGGUAUUGCUAGAAAAAAAUCAUAAUAAUAAUGAGGAUCGUCAUAUAAGCUCGUGUCUCAUGCAGUUUACCUGUGAUAAACUGGGGGCCACAAACAGAACCUGUUGUCAUGAAAUGACAAUAGAUACAAGCUACAAAUAUUAUUUUUUUUUGUUGUUGUAUGAGAAGUACAGAUGUACAGAAAUAUUUCCACCACACCAAAUGUUUCCAAAAAUAAUGUUGGGCAAAAGUGUCUUUCCAGUGCUUCAUGCAUACCAUACUGUAUUUUCAACUUUCUUUGGUUGGGGGGGGGGGGGGGGGGCUUUCGUAUUUCUUUCCUUUUUGCCUCACGAAAAGGCAAAAAAAUCUUUUUACUGAGACUUUUAAAACACAAGUGCUUUUUUCCUCGUUUAUUAAAACGAAUGUCAUGGUUUCUCUGUUGUUUGACAAUGUACAGUGGUGACUUCCUGUUCCUGUCUUAGGCAACUGGAGGUUAUAUGCACCCAUCAUCAUUUGAAAUGGACAGUAUUCAUCCUUCAUCUUCAGGAAACUUUCCCUUUGUGACAAAAUCGCAACAGAUGCAGUUGUACAAUAGUUUGAACAAAUCAGGAACUGAAUUUAUAUCUGUUCUUUUUCGUAGAAGAGUAUGAAAUUAGAUUUGGAGUUUUUUUACACUUGUGUAAAAAGAAUCAUAGCUUAGGAGAUGACUUGCUCCUUGCAGCAACGGUCAGGAGUCUGAUCUAAUGCACCCCAGUGUGACAAAGGCGGUGGGGUUUCCCACCAUUUCCUCUUGUCAGUGUAGUUACUUACCCCUUUUUUAAGCGUCAGCAAAAGAGGCCUUUCAUCUUUGAAAGGAGUAUGGUGAGAGAUAUAUUGGAAUUCAACCAAAGAGAGUCAGUGUAAAAAAAAGGAAUAUGCUUAUUGGCUGUCCUAUGUCAGUUGUCUAGCAGCUAACAUUCUGCCACAUGCAGAGUUCAACUGGUUUUCUUAAUAAUAUUUUGUGCUGUUUAAAAAUAUGUGUAAUUCAAGAUUCAAAAGGAAAACAAUGCUCUUUUAUGUCAAUGUUUUGUACUUCAGAUAUCUCGAUAUUUAAUUGUGUGAUGUAGCAUUCCGGUUGUGUACAAAAGACAAAAGAAAACAAAAAAACAAAACAAAAAAAAUGUAAUGGCAUUGUAUCCCUUCAGUGAAGGACUGUACUAUUGCAUUAUUAUAGCUUCCUUUCAAAGCUAUUUAUUUUUGUAAAAUUUAUACAUUUGGACAUCAAAUUAUAACAGUAUGAUUUUUAGAUGCUGCUGUUUUCCAGAAUUAUAUGUAAUUAACAAAUGGUAUAAAAACUAAAUAAAUGAAUAAAGAUGCCUCUAUUAACAGA